AUGGUCUCAGAGAAAUGGUUUGGGCGGGACAGGAAAGACCAGUGUCUGGCACGGCAAAAGGCUGCCAUUGAGGCUGAAAUGCCGCUCUCCUGCAAAGUUAACUUCUCAGGCCCUCCUUCUAAGAGAUUUAUCUCUGUGUUUGAGCCGUCUAUAACGUACUACAGCAGACUUGGAAUUUCAUUAUAUACCAAGUGGUGCUACAAGUGUGGCCUGGUUUACCGAUACCAGGAAUGGUCUGAUGGUGUCCACAACUUUGACGACCAUACACUACUGUCAAUACACCUUUGCCUUUUCCUGCGAAACAGUCUUCAGACUCACCAGGCUGUUGGUAGCGUCGUUGAGGUACCGGAGAAAACAUCGGGCAAACGUUUCCCAUCAGCUCAAAAGAUUCUUCAGGCUUAUAUGACGUUUGAGGCCUUGUGUGACCACAGUUACACAUUUGCAUGCGUGUCAUGUGGCUAUCAUCCUGUGACUGUGGUUUUGGAUCUUUACAAGAAAGGAGUGUUUAGCAUGCCUGUGAGCGAUAUUGAGGAACCACCAGCAGAUUUUGAUGGCAGGGUGAAUGCUGAAGAGUUCUGGCAGAAGGUGCAAAUGGAAGUGAUUUCCCGGGGAUUGGUGUCUAGCAACAAGGAAAACCCCUUUGUCAUCCAUCCUAGCUACCACAACUGGGCACCUUGGAUAGGGCCCCACACCAGGAGUGGCAAUGUCGUAUUCAAUACAGAAUACCAAAAAAUGCAUUCCCCACACAGUCCUGUGGAAGAGUUGGAGCUGACGGUCACAGAGGACCGACUCACAGAUGACCUUUUCAAAGUCAAGAUGGCAGAUCUACGAAGCUUGUGUGGUCAGUGUGGUGUGGACCCCCGAGGUUCACGAAUGGACAUUGUAAGCAGGCUUCAGCAAGAAAUGAAGAACAGAGACAGCUAUGACAAGGUAUUCUCUCAGAUUUGGGGAGCUUCAGGUGGAUGGGCAGUAGUAACCUGCCCUUGUGCUGUGGUCUAUGCCGUAAAAUUCAAUAUCAGAGCAGAAAGUCCACGUGAUUAUGCUGACAUUCUUCUGUCCUUCAAACACUUUCCAAACAUCACACUGUAUGAUUUUGCCCGUGGUUUGGCAACCCACACCAACCAAAGAGUGCCACAAACGUUUUGGCCGCAUGGUGGCAGGUUGUGUGAAGCCACUGAUGGCAAUAUUGCACAGGCAGCUAAAGGUGAACUGAAAGUGAACUUGCCAUGGUUAAAACACAAGGUGCCAGACCCAGAUGGACAUCCUCUCACUGGAUCGUCCGCUCAUUACGCCUUGUAUGAUUGUUUUCAUGAGGACAACACAAAGGAUAAGCGUGAUGUCCUGCGAAAAGUGGAACUUUGUCCAGAGAUCUGUGGCUGGGUCAACAGUCAGACAGCCGAGCAGCUGUUUUCAGGGAUGAGGCGAAAUAAUCAUUUUCUCAACAUGAUGACGCCAUCCUCACAUGUGUUCCUAAUGCGGAACAUUCUACACCACUACAACUGCCUCAAAAAUGCUGCUGUUAUGGACAACUUGAAGAACACACUUGGCCAGGAAGUAACACUAAAUUCUUAUGGUCAAGCAGUGUUAGGUUCACCAUCUACAGACAUAUCCACAAAUCAAGACCGAUUGACUGAGGCGGGCACCCUUGAAGCUGGUGUUCAGUAUCUGCCUGAUGACCAUACACAUGAGGUGAAAACCAAUGUGGACCCUGUUAAAGCAGGCAUGCCAUGUGGGCCUCACUGUGUGGUUCUCAUGACUGUAGCAUCGAUAGAGGCAAAGAGAUCAUGCUGGUCUUUGGCUUUGCACCAUGAUCAGGAAAAAGUGCUAUGUUAUGUCCUGGACACUGAUAAACCGCCUGAUGAAAUCAUAGUGCGCUGCAGCAACAGCUGUCUUACUCGUUCUGACUUCCAGACACUAGGUCUGCAGCAGCAGAUGGAUUCAACUGGCUUUCCUAGACAACUCUUUGGCUUGGACUGUGGCAUCUUCAUGAUAAUGACCGCCUUUUAUGUCACCUUGGAUGCAGAAUUUGACUACUCUGUGUUUGAAUUUCAGCAUGUCAUGUCAGUCUUGCGGAGGUGGUGGUGUCUGUUGAUACUGGAGAACAAAUCCCUUGACAGACAUGGCCAGGUCUUUGCACAUUGGACAGCAGAGUGCCAGACGAUGUUGAAUGGAAAUUAUACUCCAGUGUUCAGGCUCAAGAGAAGGCGCAACCAGGAAUCUGAGACUCUGUGUGCUGAUGACCACAACUAUGCCAAAGCAACCGAGGCACAAAUUGAGGUUCAAAGGAUACCGCCAAUCUUACAGAUGCCUUGGGGUGUACUUCAAGCUGUUCUCCAGGAGGUGGUACUUGCACAGGGAGACUCAGCUUACCUCACCUUAGCAUUGACCUGCAAGUACUUUAAAGAUAUUGUGUCUGACCCAGUUUUCAGGAAGAAAACUCACUUUGCUUGGCUGGAUGGUUGA